AUGGCAACAGUGGUGGAAUCGGUCAAGGAGACGCUGGUGGGGACGGAGGAUGAGCCGGGGUUGUCGGCGACGAUGAGGGGCGAGUUCAUGCAGAAUGCCGUGAAGGAUGAAGAGUCAGAUGAGUGGUAUAUGGGUGAGAAGCAUUUCGUGGAUGCCAUUGCGCCAGAAGGAGAAGACUACCACAAGAUCAAGCGCGAACAGUACUCGAUCCUCUUCAACAUUGCCGACCGGAGGCGGGAAGGGCGCAUCAGUCUGCAAGAUUGGACCGUCUUCAACAACCUCCUCGCCAAACCGGACGCCGAGUAUGAGAUCGCUUUCCGCCUCUUCUCCGAUCCAUCGACAGGUCAGGUGGACUUCAACAGCUUCAAGGAGAGCUAUGCGCGCAAUAAGAAGAGCGACAGUAUACCCUUCAACUGGGACAGCGACUGGGCGACGCUGUACCUAGGCGGUAAGAAGCACAGGCACUCGAUGACAUACCCACAAUUCGCACAACUACUGCGUGGUCUACAAGGCGAGCGCGUGCGGCAAGCUUUCCUUCACUUCGACAGCAACGGAGAUGGUUAUAUUGAGCCAGAGAACUUCCAGCGCAUCAUUCAAGAGACGGCAUCACACAAACUCUCGGACCACCUCCUAGAAAACCUACCCACCCUAUGCAACAUCAGCCCAGGCUCGAAGAUCAGCUACGCAAACGUACGCGCUUUCCAGAACGUUAUUAAGGAGAUGGAUCUGGUCGAGCUCGUCAUUCGUAAUGCGAUUGGCAAGUCAGACGAUGGCAAGAUUACACGCGUGGAUUUCUUGAAUGAGGCGGCAAGGAUUACACGAUUUACGCUUUUCACACCCAUGGAAGUGGAUAUUCUGUUCCACUUUGCGUCUCUGGAUCAACCAUCUGGCAGACUGGGCAUCACAGACUUCGCACGUGUUCUGGAUGCGAGCUGGCAUCACACUGGAGCAGACAUUGGGCAGAAGGGUAUUACUGGUACUGCUGAGAAGGCGGUCGCAUCAUCGAAAACGCUUGCUCAUGACAUCCUCGUCUCGGCGCAUCACUUCGGUUUGGGUGCGAUAGCAGGUGCUUUCGGUGCUUUCAUGGUCUACCCUAUCGACUUGGUCAAGACUCGAAUGCAAAACCAGCGUGGCGCUCGUGUCGGUCAAAUGCUGUAUAAGAACAGCUGGGACUGCUUCACGAAAGUCAUCCGCAACGAAGGCUUCCGAGGUCUGUACUCUGGUGUGCUGCCGCAACUAGUUGGUGUGGCGCCUGAGAAGGCUAUCAAGCUUACUAUCAACGACCUGGUAAGAGGCAAAUACACUGACAUCAAGACUGGCAAUAUCCCAUUGUCAGCCGAGAUCCUGGCUGGUGCGACGGCUGGAACAUGUCAAGUCGUCUUCACGAACCCGCUCGAGAUCGUCAAGAUUAGACUACAAGUCCAAGGCGAGGCUAUGAAAGCAGCAGCACGAGAAGGCGAAACGAUUACCAAGCGUUCCGCGAUGUGGAUCGUGCGCCAUCUUGGUCUGGUCGGAUUGUACAAGGGAGCCAUGGCUUGUAUGCUUCGCGACGCUCCUUUCUCUGCAAUCUACUUCCCAACCUAUGCUCACCUAAAGCGCGACUACUUCGGCGAGUCGCCAACGAAGAAGCUCGGAAUUCUACAACUUCUCACAGCAGGUGCUAUUGCUGGUAUGCCAGCUGCCUACCUCACCACACCUUGCGAUGUCAUCAAGACCCGUCUACAAGUGGAGGCACGAAAGGGCGAGGUAUCAUACACUGGUAUCCGUGACGCAGCUCGCCAGAUCAUGAAAGAAGAGGGACCCAAAGCUUUUUUCAAGGGCGGCCCAGCACGUAUCCUGAGAUCCUCGCCACAGUUCGGGUUCACUCUUGCGGGCUACGAAGUCCUUCAAGGUCUGCUUCCACUACCUGGUGAACAUCCUGCAGAGAAGGAGCUCGGACCACGAGGCAGCAUCGAGCCGGCGACUGGUCUACAAGAAGCGAAAGCACCUCUACCCUACCUUCGCAGCAGAAAUGCCCUGAAAAUCAUUCUCGACCUCGAUAUCGGUUUCGGCAGGCCGAAGUUGUCUGCCGAAGCGGCCAACAGGACUAGCAGCUGGAUGGCGCCGUUGCGCAACUCUGUCGGGGCGGCGUCGGCAGAUCCUAAGGCUUAG